GUUUGUCCACAUCAGACGUCACAAUGAUGACGCCAAGAGACCCAAAGCCCAAGAAGAAGCCGCCGAAAGAUAGCUUGACUCUGUUGCCAUGCUUCUAUUUUGUAGAGGUGGGUAGAAAUAUCAGCGUUAUGAAUUCGACAUGUAACAACAUGCUAUAAUGAUAGUCUUUGGUUGUAUCUGAUUGAUUGACUGAACGAAUGAAUGAACGAACAAACAAACAAACGAAUGAACAAACUAACAAACACAUAUUUAUUGACUCCAUAAGAAUAUAUUUGUCUGGCGCUCUGCAUUUCUCUCUCUCUCUGUCUUCUGUUUGUGAUUAUCAUUGGUGGAUACAUUUGGAUCAAUACGCUGAAGCUGAGGAUGACCUGCUUUCCUAUCUUUUCCGCUCACAUGUCAUUAUUUUAAACGAUCUGAACCUUAUCUAUUCAAGUAUCUAGUUAGUCUAUUUAGGGGACCCCUUCUGGUUCAAGAGUACCCCCAGACGCAAACUUCUAUAUAGUUAUCUUUAAGGUUAGAGUUAGUGGUAGUAAGUAUAGUGACAAGUCUGACAACAACCUUUGACCUACACUUGCACUUCCUGUUUCCCAGCUGCCCAUUGUGGCUUCUUCUAUGGUGUCACUCUACUUCCUGGAGCUGACGGACCUGCUCCAGCCUGCCCAGGUAGGCUUCCGUUGCCAUGACCGCAUGCUGAGCAUGCCCUACGUUGACGGUGGAGACGAGCUCAUCCCUCUACUCAUGCUGCUCAGCCUGGCCUUCGCUGGGCCGGCCGCCUCGGUGACUACACCCCUCUAAACACACUUGGGCGUGUGCACACACACCCAAACACACACACACACGAUGCUGCUCUGCCUGUAUGAGUACCCUUCUAAACACACCCACGUAUGGCCUAUGUGAUACACUCUAUGUAUAAUUAAGCUAUUAUAGACUCAAACUAUAUGAACUCAUGGUAAAAACAUUCAGACAAUAAUGUAUAAUGUAUGAAUACGUUGAAUUCACUCAAACCAAAAUAUAGUUGUCAAAUAUAUAGGCUUACAUUCAAAUCAGACCAUAUAACAUGAGACCAAGUUCACACAUACCACAUACAAAAAUCUAAUACUCAAAUUGUUUUCUCUAAUAGCCAGGUCUCUGAGAUGGUGUUCAACACAAUUAUCAAGUCCAAAUGCAUUGAUUAGUACUGCUGUAUCUCUGAUUGUGUGAUCUUGUCGUCUGGUCAGAUCAUGAUUGGGGAGGGCCUGGUUUACUUCAUGCAGUCACGUCUUAAGAUCCGACCUGGGGUGGAAGGCAGCAUCAACGCCGGUGGGUGCAACUUCAACUCCUUCCUUCGGCGAACGGUGCGCUUCGUAGGUAUGGUUCCACUCUGUGUCAAAUGAAUGUCGCCUGUUCAGGUAUAUAUCCAGUAUGACGAUGACUCACUCUUGCUCUUUCUUUUUCCUCUUUUGUUCUUGUCUUCACUACUCUCUCUUUCUCCUCACGUCACUCCUCGCUCCCUUCUCUUUCUCUUCCCCACCCAUCUCUCUCUCUGUAUUUCUCUCUCCCUCUUCCCAUUCACCCUCCUCUCUUUUCACUCCCUUUCUCACUCUCUACCUCUGUCUCUGUCUCUCCAGGUGUCCAUGUGUUUGGGUUGUGUGCCACGGCUCUAAUGACUGAUGUGAUUCAGUUGGCCACAGGUUAUCACACCCCCUUCUUCCUGACUGUGUGCAAGCCCAACUACACUCAGCCAGGGGUGGCCUGUGAUAAAAACCCCUACAUCACCAAGGACAUCUGCUCUGGUCACGACCAGCACGCCAUCGUCUCUGCCAGGUAGCUACAUGACAUAACAUAACCACCUGAACCAGGAAGAAUUAAGGUUCUGUUACAGUAUCUAUACUAGAAUACCGGUUUGAAUGAAGCAAUUGUUUUUGGCAUGCAUUGUUAGUAGUAUGCUAGUCUGGAUAAUGUGUGUCCUCGUCUCUGUACAUCACUCAUACCGGUGGUCCCAAUCAAAAAGACAGAGUGGUUCAAAGGCUCUCACUGAGGCACAAUAAGGGAUAACAUUGCAUUGGGAAAAAUGAAGGGUAAAUAUUAAUUUAAUGGGUUUUCAAGGACAUGAUGUACUAAGUAUUGGAAUGCAGCCUUGAACAGAACAUCUUAUAUUCUCUGGCAGAGGAUGAGUCUUAAUACUCAUGAAAAGCCUCCUUUUCUUGUUUCCUUCCUCUCUGGACCACAGAUCUAAACCGACUGGCUAGAUGAAACCCACGACAAGGUUUCUGUUCCUCCAUUUUGCUUUCAGAUAAUCAAUCUCAUCCAGUCUUAGGUAUACUAAGAUAUACUAAGUGAUCAGGAAUUGGAGUUAGUAAGGAAGCCAUUUUGUGGUAUUUCAACACAGAUUCACAGAUCAGUCAUAGACAGAUAAACAGGGAUGUACCGAUACUGUACACUUAGACAGAUACAGCACACCUUGACAACAACACCACAACACUAACCCGCAUUGUAACAAUGUGCAGGUGUGAUCUUUAUUCCACACUAUCACUUUUCUCUCCUCUCCCCUUUUAGAUUGUGAUCAAAGCUGUGUGACAUAUGGUGUCUGUCUGCUUCUCUAGCAUUUCAUCUUGCCACAAACACGUUUUCUCUUUCUUGUCAGGAAAACCUUUCCCUCCCAGCACGCAACCCUGUCUGCCUUUGCUGCUGUGUACAUAUCAGUAAGUACACUUCCUGCGACAAAUGCACAGUAUGAAGUAUCACUAGCUAGGUUUCCAUCAGUUGGCGACAGAUUUUCAUGCACACAAUCCACACAACAUAUCAUUACGUGACUCCAAGUUUACUUCGUUAUGAUGGUUAUUACGUACGCUCAGUGGCCAGUUUAUUAGUUACACCCAUCUAGUAGCGUGUCAGACCCCCCUUUACCUCAAUUACCUCCGCUAACCUGUGCCCCCGCACAUUGACUCGGUACCGGUACCCCCUGUAUACUCCUCCCGAGUGGCGCAGUGGUCUAAGGUACUGCAUCGCAGUGCUAGCUGUGCCACUAGAGAUCCUGGUUCGAAUCCAGGCUCUGUCGUAGCCGGCCGCGACCGGGAGACCCAUGGGGCGGCGCACAAUUGGCCCAGUGUCGUCCAGGGUAGGGGAGGGAAUGGCCGGCAGGGAUAUAGCUCAGUUGGUAGAGCAUGGCAUUUGCAAUGCCAGGGUUGUGGGUUCGAUUCCAGUAUAAAAAAAUAAAAAUGUAUGCACUCACUAACUGUAAGUCGCUCUGCAUAAGAGCGUCUGCUAAAAUGACUAAAAUUUAAAUGUAAAAAAUGUAUAUAGCCUCACUAUUGUUAUUUUACUGCUGCUCUUAAUGUUAUUAUUUUUUUAAAUAUUUUUUUGGGGUAUUCUUUCUUAAAACUGCAUUGUUGGUUAAGGGCUUGUAAGUAAGCAUUUCACUGUAAGGUCUACACCUGUUGUAUUCGGCGCAUGUGAGAAAUAACAUUUGAUUUGAUUUGAUUUGAACAGCCUGAAUUUUUCGGGACAUGGAAACAUUGCUCAAUUGGUAUCAAGGGACCUAACGUGUGCCAGGAAAACAUUCCUCACUCCAUUACAAAACCGCCAUCAGCCUGUACCGUUGACACCAGGCAGGAUGGGGCCAUGGACUCAUGUUGCUUACGCCAAAUCCUGACUCUGCCAUCAGCAUGACGCAACAGGAACCAGGAUUCUUCGGACCAGCCAAUGUUUUUCCACUCCUCAAUUGUCCAGUGUUGGUGAUUGUGUGCCCACUGGAGCCGCUUCUUCUUGUUUUUAGCUGACAGGAGUGGAACACGGUGUGGUCAUCUGCUGCAAUAGCCCAUCCGUGACAAGGGCCGACGAGUUGUACGUUCUGAGAUGCAGAACACACACCACUGUUGUACUGAGUCGUUAUUUACCUGUUUGUGGCCCGCCUGUCAGCUUGCACGAUUCUUGCCAUUCUCCUUCGACCUCUCAUCAGCCAGCUGUUUUCACCCACAGGACUGCCGCUGACUGGAUGUGUUUUGUUUGUCGCACCAUUCUCUGUAAAUCCUAAACACUGUCGUGCGUGAAAAUCCCAGGAGGCCGGCCGUUUCUGAGAUACUGGAACCGGCACGCCUGGCACCGACGAUCAUACCACGGGCAAAGUCGCUUAGGUCACUCAUUUUUCCCAUUCUAACAUUCAGUCGAAUAGUAACAGAAUGCCUCGAUGCCUGUCUACCUGCUUUAUAUAGCAAGCCACGGCCACCAUUUUCGUGAACGGGGUGGUGUACCUAAUAAACUUGCCACUGAGUGUACAAAACAUUAAGAAACACCUGCUCUUUCCAUUACAUAAACUGACCGGGUGAAUCCAGGUGAAAGCUAUGAUCCCUUAUUGAUGUCACUUGUUAAAUCCACUUCAAUCAGUGUAGAUGAAAGGGAGGAGACAGGUUAAAGAAGGAUUUUUAAGCCUUGAGACAAUUGAGACAUGGAUUGUGUAUGUGUUCCAAUCAGAGGGUGAAUGGGCAAGACAUGGCAUAGCAGUGCGGUCGUGUUCUCUUGUGUGUCCAUGUAAAUCGUUUUUUGUAUUUUUUUGUAUUUUACGUAUAUAUUUCCCUAUCACACUUUUCAUCCUUCUACUAAAUAUACUUUCCUGCAACCCGCCUCACUCAGUGUAGAACGGAUUCUAUUAUUUACUCACCUUUAUCUAGAAUCUCCAGUUGAAACUAGCCAGCCAGCUAACUAGCUACUUGCUAUUAGCCACCGUUAGUGGUUUUCACCCAGAACAUCGGAAUUUUCUGCCGGAAUAACUGAAUCACUGGACCUUAACACCGGAUCGCAACUAGCUAGCCGCAACCGAAUGGAUGUCGAAUGGAUGUUGCUGUAGGCUAAUCACCACUGCCCCCGAAGCAAGCAUUAGUUAGCCUCGAGCUAGCCUCGAGCAGGCUCAUAUCCCGGCUAUCUACCUCUCUGUCUACCGGACGGGAGUAGCCAGCUAACCAGCUAACUAGCUACUUGCUAUUAGCCACCAUUAGUGUUUUUUCACCAUUAUCCGUGGCCUGCACUACCUACCAGCCAGCUCUAGCCUGGACUAUUAUCGGCCAGUCUGCACUGUCUGCACAGCGCGUUAUCGACCCAGAACCUAUCAGAUUUUCUGCCGGAAUCACUGGACCUUUAACACUGGAUAAUCGCAACUAGCUAGCUGCAACCAAAUGAACGUUGUUGUUGGCUAAUCAGCCUUGAGCUAGCCUUGAGUCAGGCACAUCUCCCGGCUAUCUACCUCUCUGUCAACCGGACGGGACCUCCUAGAGUCGACACAGAGCCCCGCCGAUCCAUCUCGACUGGUCUGCUGACGUAAUCGUCUGUGGUUUCAACAGGCUUCCGGUUGCGACGACCACGAAGAUCCAUCUGCUAGCCCCGGCCCGCUAGCACACGCAAACGACAGCCGUGCUUCCUGAUCGCUGUGCUGUAGUACCAAUUCGAACUGCUCUCGGACUCACAUAUUGCUGUUCACUGGACCUUAUGAUCACUCAGCUGCACAGCUGAUGCCUGCUGGACUGUUCCUUUACACAGUACCCCAUCCUGUUUAUCCGUUUAGCCUCAGCCCAAACUUUAUUGCCAUUACCAGUUGUUGUCUUAGCUCUCUCUAAUAACACCUGUGAUUGCUUUAUGCCUCUCUCCCAUGUCAAUAUGCCUUGUCUAUUGCUGUUCCAGUUAGUUCUUAUACAAUUUCACUGUAGAACCCCAGGUCCCUCUCAAACUGCCUCAAAUAGUUCCUUUGUUCCACCCCCCAUACACGCCGAGACCGGCUCAAUCAGUGCCUCCAGUGAUGCUAUCUCUUUCAUUGUUACCCAACGCUUAGGUUUACCUCCACUGUACUCAUAUCCUUCCAUAUCCUUGUCUGUACAUAAUGCCCUGAAUCUAUUCUACAACGCCCGGAAAUCUGCCCCCUUUAUUCUCUGUACCCAACGCACUAGAAGACCAGUUCUUAAAGCCUUUAGCCGUAUCCUUAUUCUAGUCCUCCUCUGUUCCUCUGGUGAUGUAGAGGCUAACCCAGGCCCUGCAGCCCCCAGUAUCACUCCUACUCCCCAGGAGCUAUCAUUUGUUUACUUCUGUAACCGUAAAAGCCUUGGUUUUCUGCACGUUAACAUCAGAAGCCUCCUUCCUAAGUUUGAGAUAUUCACUGCGUUAGCACACUCCGCCAACCGUGAUGUUCUAGCAGUGUCUGAAUCCUGGCUUAGGAAGGCCACCAAAAAUUCUGAAAUGUCCAUCCCCAACUACAACAUUUUCCAUCUAGAUAGACCUGUCAAAGGGGGUGGAGUUGAAAUCUACUGUAGAGAUAGCCUGCAGAGCUCUAUUAUACUAUCCAGGUCUGUGCCCAAACAGUUUGAGCUUCUACUUCUAAAAAUCCACCUUUUCAGAAAUGUCUCUCACUGUUGCCGCUUGCUACAGACCCCCCUCAGCCCCCAGCUGUGCCCUGGACACCAUAUGUGAAUUGAUUGCCCCCCAUUUAUCCUCAGAGUUCGUACUGCUUGGUGACCUAAAUUGGGAUAUGCUUAACACCCCGGCCAUCCUACAAUCCAAACUAGAUGCCCUCAAUCUCACACAAAUUAUCAACGAACCUACCAGGUACAACCCUAAAUCCGUAAACAUGGGCACCCUCAUAGAUAUCAUCCUGACUAACUUACCCUCUAAAUACACCUCCGCUGUCUUCAACCAGGAUCUCAGCGAUCACUGCCUUAUUGCCUGCGUCCGUAACGGGUCCGCGGUCAAAUGACCACCCCUCAUCACUGUCAAAUGCUCCCUAAAACACUUUAGCGAGCAGGCCUUCCUAAUUGACCUGGCCCAGGUAUCCUGGAUGGAUAUCAAUCUCAUUCCGUCAGUAGAGGAUGCCUGGUUGUUCUUUAGAAGUAAUUUCCUCUCAAUCUUAAAUAAACAUGCCCCAUUCAAAAAAGACAGAACUAAGAACAGAUAUAGCCCCUGGUUCUCCUCAGACUUGACUGCCAUUGACCAGCACAAAAACAUCCUGUGGCAUACUGCAUUAGCAUCGAAUAGCCCCCGCGAUAUGCAACCUUUCAGGGAAGUUAGGAACCAAUAUACACAAGCAGUUAGGAAAGCAAAGGCUCACCGACCAUUUCGAAUCCCACCGUACCUUCUCCGCUAUGCAAUCCGGUUUCCGAGCUGGUCAUGGGUGCACCUCAGCCACGCUCAAGGUGCUAAACUAUAUUUUAACCGCAAUCGUUAAUAGACAGUACUGUGCAGCCGUCUUCAUCGACCUGUCCAAGGCUUUCGACUCUGUCAACCACCGCAUUCUUAUUGGCAGACUAAAUAGCCUUGGUUUCUCAAAUGACUGCCUCGCCUGGUUCACCAACUACUUCUCAGAUAGAGUUCAAUGUGUCAAAUCGGAGGGCCUGUUGUCUGGACCUAUGGCAGUCUCUAUGGGGGUGCCACAGGGUUCAAUUCUUGGGCCGACUCUUUUCGCCGUGUAUAUCAAUGAUGUCGCUCUUGCUGCUGGUGACUCUCAGAUCCACCUCUACGCAGACGACACCAUUUUGUAUACAUCUGGCCCUUCAUUGGACACUGUGUUAACAAACCUCCAAACGAGCUUCAAUGCCAUACAACACUCCUUCAGUAGCCUCCAACUGCUCUUAAACACUAGUAAAACUAAAUGCAUGCUCUUCAAUCGAACGCUGCUGGCACCCACCCACCCGACUAGAAUCACUACUCUCGACGGGUCUGACCUAGAGUAUGUGGACAACUACAAAUACCUAGGUGUCUGGUUAGACUGUAAACUCUCCUUCCAGACUCACAUUAAGCAUCUCCAAUCCAAAGUUAAAUCUAGAAUUGGCUUCCUAUUUCGCAACAAAGCCUCCUUCACUCAUGCUGCCAAACAUGCCCUCGUAAAACUGACUAUCCUACCGAUCCUUGACUUUGGCGAUGUCAUUUACAAAAUAGCCUCCAACACUCUACUCAGCAAAUUGGAUGUAAUCUAUCACAGUGCCAUCCGUUUUGUCACCAAAGCCCCAUGUACUACCCACCACUGUGACCUGUACGCUCUUGUUGGCUGGUCCUCACUACAUAUUCGUCGCCAAACCCACUGGCUCCAGGCCAUCUAUACAUCACUGCUAGGCAAAUCCCUGCCUUAUCUUAGCUCAUUGGUCACCAUAGCGACACCCACCCGUAGUAUGCGCUCCAGCAGGUAUAUCUCACUGGUCAUCCCCAAAGCCAACACCUCCUUUGGCCGCCAUUCCUUCCAGUUCUCUGCUGACAAUGACUGGAACGAAUUGCAAAAAUCUCUGAAGCUGGAGACUCCCUCACUAACUUUAAGCAUCAGUUGUCAGAGCACCUUACCGAUCACUGCACCUGUACACAGCCCAUCUGAAAUUAGCUCACCCAACUACCUCAUCCCCAUAUUGUUAUUUAUUUGCUCAUUUGCACCCCAGUAUCUCUAUUUGCACAUCAUCUCUUGCACAUCUAUCAUUCCAGUGUUAAUACUAAUUGUAAUUAUUUUGCUCUAUGGCCUAUUUAUUGCCUUACCUCCAUGACUUGCUACAUUUGCACACACUGUAUAUAUAUUUUUUCUGUUGUAUUUUUGACUUUAUGUUUUGUUUUACCCCAUAUGUAACUCUGUGUUGUUGUUUUUAUCGCACUGCUUUGCUUUAUCUUGGCCAGGUCGCAGUUGUAAAUGAAAACUUGUUCUCAACUGGCUCACCUGGUUAAAUAAAGGUGAAAUAAAAUACAAAUAAAAAAGACAAAAGGUUUAAGUGCCUUUGAACGGGGUAUGGUAGUAGGUGCCAGGCGCACACUGCAACGCUGCUGGGUUUUUCACGCUCAACAGUUUGUUGUGUGUAUCAAGAAUGGAGUUGAUAGCAUGGUUAGUGUGUAUUGCUAGGGCCAGGUACAAUUUUAUGUGGCAGUGUUUCCCUAUAGGUCCCCAGGACUCAACUGAAAUAAAAAAGUGGCUAUCGCUUUAAGUCAACUUACAAACAAAAACAGCGACAAAACAUGAUUAGCUAGUUUUAUUGAUUAAACAUGCUGAGAAUGCUUUUGAAGUCGUGAUAAAAAAACUUCUCCCCAGAUUCCGUCUUUGGCUCUUUUUAAUGCGUUGUUCAGUGGCUGGCCAAGCAGUGGCGGCUCCUGAACAAAUUCUCAGGGAGGGCAAUUUUUCUGAUGAUUUAGGUGACCUACACACAUUUUUAAAAAGAUAUGUCCAGCAACAACAUGAAGACAGGGGCAGCAUAUAAGUCAAUACCAGAAGCAUUUAUUGACUGAUCUCAAAAGUGUUGGCUUACAAAAGCAAAAUAAGUUAUCACAGUAAAAAUAAUCAAGGGUGUUCUUUCACAUUCCUCAACACUGCAUAAACAAUAUGCAUUUCCAUAAACAAAUGAAAUAUCAGCUGAAAAUACAGCAUCUUGGUAUUUGUUCAGAUUGCAGGAUCAACAAGAGCUUUUACCACAUUUUUUGAUAUCUGUUUAAUCUUACCUUAUGGCCUGCACUUGCUUGUGAAGCUGUCGAGGGCACGUUUGAUAGAGACAGCAUCGAUGUCCUUCUUCUGUAGCUUCUGGUACAGAAUGUCGACGUGGGGCAUGAUUUUGUGAAAAAGCCGCAGGAAAAAAAUUAAAUCUUCAUCAUGUAGUAUCCUCACGUAGCCAGCUGCCUCUCUCAAGGUGUGCUGGUCAAAUGAACCCAAUGAACCCGUCCGGAUGGCUUCAAAACAUUAUAUGAGGUCGUCUCGAUUCUCGUAGACAGUGUUCACGACUCUGCUGUUGCUAACCUCAUCGUUGUGGCGGCGGACAGCUAGCCUGUAUCCCUCAUCCAGUUGAGUGGCAAUAUUCACUCUCCCAAAAGCAGACAAUCUCAAACAGCUAUAUGUGGGUCUUUGACAGCUAAUUUUUCUUAAUCUUUUCUGAAAGAUGGUGCAUGUCGGUUACACCAGUCGCUGUCCAAGCGGUGCUGUCUUCUGUGCCGCCUUCAGGGUGGAAGAGUAAGCAGGGGUAGCAAAAAACUGCAUUAGCUACAUCGCAGCCUGCUAGCCAGGUUUUCCGUUCAUACCAAUUUUUGGAAAAUCCUCGGGUGUAGGACUUCCCCCCUUUAGUAGACACCUGUUGAAUUAUUAAAUUUGGUCUGGGAGGUCCUAAUUGUUUCGUUGCCAAUUUAUCUUCAUUUGUUCGCCGACAAAAAGGAACUUCUUUCAAAGACACAAUCGAGUUGGACUGAAGCCUAGCCAUUUUGAUAGUAGUAGUGAAUUGAUUGAGGCUGCCUACCUGGUCUUUUUCUUAGUUACGUUCAUCGUGGUUACGUUAUGUAUGACGAAAGCGCGUAAGUGCAAGCCCCACAGACACCCCUAGAGAAUGUAUUGAAAGCUGUUGAAAUGUGACAAAAAUAGAUUUUACAUGGGAGUCUAUGACCGACUUCUGGCGAUUUUUCAACCUGACUGAAAUCGCCCAAAAAACGGGCGGGGCAUUGAAGCACGACUUUAGCCUGAUUUGACAUUAGUGGCUGGCAAGAUCAGACCGUGAACACUGAUAACUGCUGUUGCCGUGAUAUAAUUUUUUAUAAAUUUAUAAAAAAAAAAAUAUUUUUUUUUAUUUAUUUUUUUUUUAUAAUUGAUUAGAAAAAAAAUCCCUUCCUUUUCCCGUUUUGGCAGUGCGUCGCCCAUAUCGCCUAUUGAACAAGCCGUCCCUGUGGCCAAGUACAAUACCAUUGAUUGCCAUCCAAUUAGGGCAUUGUGUGCUAAUAUUGAUUGAGAAUAAAGUGGAAUUGUAGCCAAAGUAUUCACACCAGAUUCUCAAUGCACAAAUCCUUUGAGCAAAUCUGUCCUGGCUAUUUAUUUUAAGGACGAGCUUAACGUAUUGUGCCAAACUGGCUUUCCCCCCAUAUAUAUAUUUGGUAGCUCUUAAAUUGAAAUGUUUGCCUCAAACCGCUUAAAAUAUUAUCACAAAGCUUAACAUUUGCGGAUUGAAUGAAGGGAAACACGUAGAACCCGUUUCUAAGCAGAAAUCAAAUGUAUCAUAUUCAUAGAUGAAUGGAAUGUAUUGUAGUUUUUUGUUAUAAUAUCUCACCAUGUAUUUUCUCAAUUUCUCUCUUCUUGCAGAUGUACUUCAACUCAACCAUCUCAGACAGCACCAAGCUGCUGAAGCCAGUGUUGGUGUUUGCGUUUGCCAUCGUGGCGGCGCUAACCGGCCUCACCCAGAUCACCCAGUACCGCAGCCACCCCAUCGACGUCUACGUGGGCUUCCUCAUAGGGGCCGGCAUCGCUGCCUACCUGGUAAGACCUAACUUCCAUGGGCAUCUAUCUUGACGUGACAUUUAUUUGACAGUGAUGGUGCAUAUUAAUCUUUAUUUCUGUAAAUGGGCUUUUUCUAUCUGCAGGAUUGACAGUUGAUGAAAACAUUUAGGAACAUGACAUUUAAGGAUUCUAUCAAAGCUGAUUUACAAAGGGCUAUUCUUGCGCACAUACAUUUCUGAAAGGUAUCUGUGAGGGGAGUUUACCUAAUACUUCCUGUAGUAGCCAAAACCAUUCUGCGAUUUUAUUUGAUGUGAGCACUGGAGAGGAAAGUGUUAUUCACCAGACAGUGAUGUGGGAUUUCAGCUGAUCAAACUGCAUGCCAUCUCUCCCUCCCCCACUUAAACGGCUUACCUGCAGUUUAGCGCUAGGCUCUUUGAUAUCUCCAGAUUGCUGCUCUUAUUGAAGUUUCUCACACUCCUCCCUCUCUCAUUUGCUUUCCGCUUUCAUACGACUAUCUGUCCUCAAGGAGGGAUGGAGUUCACUUUCAUGCCCAUCAUUUCUCUCCUGCUCUCUCACUCUCUCUCUCUCUCUCUCUCUCGCUCUCUCUCUCUCUCUCUCUUCUCUCUCUCUCUCUCUCUCUCUCUCUCUCUCUCUCUCUCUCUCUCUCUCUCUCUCUCUCUCUCCUCUCUCUCUCUCUCUCUCUCUCUCUCUCUCUCUCUCUCUCUCUCUCUCUCUCUCUCUCUCCAUUUUAGACACUCUUUCGGUCCUUCGCCUGAAUGGGGAUUAUUUGAACAGAUUCUGGAAGUGUCUUUCCAUGACGUUCUGUCUUUCAAUGGUGGGGCCUACUCUACAUACCCAUUUGUUUUAUCAUGCUCUCUCAUUCGUAUGCCAUUUUUUCUCAUAGCUCUUUUCUGUCUCAUAUCUCUGUCCUUCUCUCAUUUCCUCUUUGUCCCUGUGUUCUCUCACUCUUAUCAGAGAUAGCGAGCGGUGGUUAGAGCCAGCUCCUCAGUUCUGUUUAAGUCAGCUUCCUCUGGAGUGUAAAGCGCAGGCAAAUAACCAGGAAGAAGAAUUAUAUUGAAUGAUAAUGACUUUCCACAGGACUAUUAUGCUGAGUAGCUGUGGAGGGAUUUCAGGCGACCAAGGCCUUCUCUUCUUCUCUUCCAGGCUUUCCACGCCGUUGGCAACUUCAGGUCCUCCGACAACAUCAUCAUCAGGCCAGCUCCACCACCCCAGAAGGAGGACGCCCUGCGAGCGCUGACCCAGCGGGGCCACGACUCGGUCUACAACAAAGGUGUUGCCUCAGCAUCGGAGAGCGCCGACGAGAUCGCCGUGCCGCCCUCCCUGGACCGGCUGGAGGGCAUGGGGCGGCCGCUGCAGCGCGAGAAGGCCUCCAUCGGCAGCUUGAAAAGGGCCAGCGUGGACGUGGAGCUCCUGGCGCCCCGCAGCCCCAUGGGCCAGCAGACCAUGGUGACCUUCAGCAACACGCUGCCCAGAUCUAGCAUGAACGCUAACGGGGGCCUGGGCACUAACGGGGGCCCAGAGGAGCCCAUGAUGCAGCCUACUCAGCCCAUGCAGAGGAGGCUUAAGGCUGUGCAGGUGCCCAUGGACCCCAUGCGCUCACAGCAGUUAGUGACAGAGUGGAAGCAGAAGUCCAUGGAGAUGCGGGGUCUGAGCCUCAGGGAUGAGGCUGAGCGGGAGGCCAGUGAGGAGGGCUCCGAAGGGGGGGAGGAAGGGUCAGAGGACGGGGGUCCACAGGCCUCGCUGUAUCCAUCUACGGUGCAGUCCAACAGGGGAGCUUUCACCAGUCCAAUCCCCGUCAGUGUGGGGCCUCCAGGGAGUGCCAGGGUGGUGGCAACCCCUAGACCCCCCCACAUCCCCGAGGUGGGUCCCCCGCCAGUGUCGCCCAAAAGUGCACUAACCCGCGCCAAGUGGCAGUCCAUCACAGAGAAGAGCGGUGGCGGCGGGUCGAUUCGCGGGGCACCCAACCAGCCGCGUAUCAUGCAAGUGAUCGCCAUGUCCAAGCAGCAGGGACUCCUCCCUUCCUCCUCCUCGGGGGGCACGCCCAAGUCCUCCGAGACCACCUCCACCUCCUCCUGCACCUCCUCUACGGCCAGUGCCGACUCGCCCCACUACCGGCCGCCCUCAGAGGCCCAGCGUGAUUCGACCAUCAUCACCGUAGAUGCCCACGCCCCCCACCACCCCGUGGUGCACGGUGGCCAGCCCCCCUCCUCAGGCAACGGGAACCCCUGGGAGUGGAGGGGCGCGUCCAACGGCAGCGACCCUCGAGACUCCUACGAGCUCAACGAUCUGAACCGCGGCGACAGCGGUGGUGCUCGCGGCAGCACUGGUAGCUUCCGGUUGCACCAGACCAUCUCGCCCUGCUCCUCGACCAGCGACGGAGACCCAGAGAUGCUUCCCCCUCCGCCCCUACCCCCACACCGAGGUCCCCCACGACGGGAGAAGCCGGGAGUCCACUUUACGACGCAAGACUGCGUUAGUCCUCCUGGAGAGGGACAUUCAAUUUCAAAACAAGAG